AUGAGCAAUGAUGUUGGCCAUCUACCUGGGCAUUCGAAAGCGCCCGAGCCCCGGUGCGUCGGAGGCGGGGGCGGGCGUUGGUGGGGGGGGGAUGUGAGGGGCCGUGCGGCGGCGGCGGCGGCGCCCCCCCCCCGCGCCCCGGCCGAGGUGGUGCUGGCGGUGCGGGAGGCGGCGCGGGGCUGCGGUUGCCAGGUGCGACACACGGGGCCCUUCCUGUUGUGCUGCAGCCGGCAGGCCGAGGGCGGCGCCACCGUGGCCUUCCAGGCGGAGGUGUGCCAGCUGUCGGCCGGCGCAUCCGAGGCCAACGGCGUGCGCUACACCCGCCUGUGGGGGGCGCCGUUGGCCUUCCGCCACCUGGCCACGCAGAUCUCCAAGGAGGUGGAGCUCUGAGAGAGA